UUCUUUUGGACACGCCCCUUUUCCCCUGCUCCGUCGUCUCUCCACCCUCCCCCGACCAGACCUGGGACUGCGAUGGCUGCUACGUGGGAAGAAAUCCUCAAGUUGUCCCAGCAGUUUCAAUCCGCUCAGUUCGCCCAGGCGACCCAGAGACUGUCAGAACGUAAUUGCAUAGAAAUUGUUUCUAAGUUAAUUGAUGAAAAACAGUUGGAUGUAGUACAUACUCUUGAUGGAAAAGAGUAUAUCACUCCUGCACAGAUUAGCAAAGAAAUACGUGAUGAACUUCUUAUUCGUGGUGGUCGAGUGAACAUUGUGGAUUUGCAACAGAUAAUAAACGUUGAUCUGCUCCAUAUUGAGAACCGAGCUAACAACAUUGUCAAAUCAGAUCGAACAGUUCGAUUGGUAUUGGGACAACUUAUAGAUGAAAAUUACUUAGAUCGCAUAGCAGAAGAAAUAAAUGACAAGUUGCAGGAAUGCGGCCAAGUGAAAAUAUCUGACUUAUGCAAGGCGUAUGAUCUUCCAGGAGACUUCUUGAAACAGGCAUUUUCUGUUCGGUUGGGAAAAAUUAUUCAUGGCCAAUUCGAUCAGGAAAACCGUGGGGUGAUUUUCACUAAGACAUUUGUCACAAGACAUCGGGCCCGUAUUCGUGGUUUCUUCCGGGCUAUUACCCGACCUACACCAAUAAUUAACCUAAUCACCCGACAUGGAUUUCAGGAACAUCUGCUUUACUCUUUGCUUGAAGAACUUAUUAAUUCUGGAUGUCUAAAAGGCACAGUGGUUGGUGGAAGGCAAGAUAAAGCUGUGUUUAUCCCUGACAUUUACGCCAGAACUCAGAGUAAUUGGGUGGAUUCAUUUUUCAAGCAAAAUGGUUAUUUAGAAUUCGAUGCAUUGUCAAGACUUGGCAUCCCUGAUCCUGUGAGCUACAUAAAGAAAAAAUACAAGUCUUUGCCAAUUUUGUUUCUGAAAGCAUCUUGUGUUGGUCAUGAAAUUUUGGAUCAGGUGGAGGCAUCUGUGGAUGAAGCCAUCAGUUCUGGUCUGUGGGUGGAUAUUAUGCCUCUUCUUCCAAGUUCAUUAUCUGUAGAAGAUGCCGGUAUGUUGCUUCAGCAAGUGAUGAGAGCCUUCAAUAAGCAACCUUCAGCCUUGGUCUUUGGUGACACUAAUGUAGUCAGUGAGAAAUUUAUCAGCAGCUGUGCUGAUUUGUUUAGUGAUCUUAUGCACCAGAAAGCUGAAAAGGAAAUGAAAAAUGACCCCGUUCAUUUAAUCACAGAAGAGGACCUGAAACAGUCUGCUCUUAUAGAAAACACAUUUUUGAGCAGAAAAGACAAAAAGGAUGAAAGAAGGAAGAAAGCCACAGAGGGCACUGGAAGGGUGAGAGAUAGUGGUGGUGGAAAUGCUAGAGAAAUCAAAACUAAAAAAAACAAAAAAAAGGGAAGAAAAGAUGCCGAUAGUGAUGACGAGGCACAAGCAAGUAGCACAAGUAGGAGCAAGCAACUUGAGAUCCAUUUUAUGUCACAAGAAGAAAUUGAGGAUGUUUUAAGAAAGCACAUAAGGGACUGUCCUGAAGAGCUCAUCACAGAACUUGCGGGUCAUCUAAUCAGGCCCUUAACAAAGAACUAUCAAGAAGUGUUGCGUUCUGUAUUUUUUUCCUCAACUUCUCACUCCGGAGCUAGCAGAAAAAGGACCAUUAAGGAUUUACAGGAAGAAGUUUCCAAUUUGUAUAACAAUAUCCGGUUAUUUGAAAAAGGAGCAAAACAUUUCACAGACGAGACACAAAAUAACAUUGCAAAACACAUGCUGAAAACAGUUUGUACAGAUAUCACUAAUCUUAUUUUCAACUUCCUUGCUGCUGAUGUAAUGAUGGCAGCUGAUGAUUACACCACCCUUACAAUUGAGAUGAGGAAGAAAAUUUUAAGUACAUUAUCUGAAGAGAUGAGAGUCCUUUAACAAAGCUCCAUGUUU